AUGAUGUCUUUAAAGCCAAGAAACGUUGACUUUCAGGAGACGUGGGCCAAUCUUAAGGAAACUGUGGCAGGUGUUGUUGGAUUAAGAGCGGUAGAGCGCGCAGUUUGGAACACUCGUUUCUCUGAUGUGUACGCGCUUUGUGUAGCGCACCCGGAGCCGCUAGCUGACCGCCUUUACGACGAGACCAGGAUCUUCCUCGAAGAACAUGUGGCAGGAUUGCUGCAGCGCGUGCGUGGAAACACUCCUCUAGAGAGCAACGAUCAUACUGACGGCCUAUUGGCUAGAUACGUGUCUGCAUGGGGUGAAUAUAGUCAAGGUGUGGCGUAUCUGAACAGCCUCUAUUCGUAUCUCAAUCUACAACAUGUCAAGAGGCAAAAGGUAUCGGACGCAGAGAUCAUAUACGGUUCAGCGGCAACAGUUAGCUGUCCCGAACAUGAUUCUAGGCAACUUGAAGUGGGUGAGCUGGGUCUAGUGAUAUGGGAACGCGUGUUGAUCCGUCCACUGUGGGGCGCUCUAUCUGGACGACUAGUGUCGGGAUUAGCGGCCGCGAGACAUACAGACCCUGAUCCAGCUAACGCAGACUUACUACGACAGGCGAUACACAGUACCGUGCACGUGCAGUCAUUUCGCGUCCGUCAGCCGCUGGCCUUGUAUCAGUCUCUGGUUCUAGAGCCGUACUUGGCGGCCGCCGGUGAACAUCACGCUCGUCAAGCAGCUGAACUACUGUCUGAUGGCGAUAUAUCACACUAUAUGAGACAUGUGCUCGAUGGUCUGGAGCGUGAAAUCGCUCUCGGUAAUCGUUUCCUGCACAGUUCCUCGGCGGAAUCUGUCCGUAGUUGUUAUGAACGCGCAGCUGUUAGUGCUCACUUACCAGCAUUACACGCCCACACAGAGAGGUUAUUGAAGGAAGCGUGCGACACAGGACCUAAUGUGGAACAGCGUCGUUGCGACUUACGUCGCAUGUACGCGCUAGUUCGUCCGCUGGGCGCGGCGGCGUUGCGGCCGCUCGUCGACGCUGCGCUCGCUCAAGCGACGAGAGACGGACGAGCGUUGCUACUCGCGCCACAUAACAGGGACGAGGCGCAUACUCACUUCGUCCACGCGAUGUUAUCUCUACACGGCAAAUAUAGUAAGCUGUUCACUGAUGUAUUCAACGGUGCUCAAGCUUUUAUGGGCGCUCUAGAUAAGGCAUGUAGUGCCGUAGUGAAUAGUCGUCCGUCCGGUGAGCAACCGGCUCGUGCUCCUGAGCUAUUAGCUCGGUACUGCGACUGCUUACUGAGACGGAGGGGAGGUGGUGGUGGCGGGGGCGGGGCCGGCGGCGCGGGAGGGGGGGCUGCUGAAGCGGACGCGGACGACAAACUGGCAGCCGCCAUACUCGUGUUCAAGUACGUCGACGAUAAGGACGUGUUCCAGAAGUAUUAUGCGCGUGCCCUGGCGAGGCGGCUGAUACAUCAGCUGUCAGCCUCUAUGGAACAGGAGGAGGCUAUGAUAAACCGCUUGAAGGCAGCAUGCGGAUACGAAUUCACGAAUAAACUUCAUAGAAUGUUCACGGACGUGGCCGUGUCCGCUGAUCUCAACGCUAAGUUUCAACAACAUCUGAGGGAUAACAAUUUGCAGACCAAUACAGGGUUCUUCAUACAGGUAUUGCAAGCGGGGGCGUGGCCACUAGGUGGGGCUAUGGCCCCUUUGGCCCCCCCGGCGGCGUUGGAACGUCCCGCGCGAUUAUUCGAAGCGUUCUACCGCGCCGCGUUCAGCGGUCGACGACUCGCCUGGCUUCAUCACUUGUGUACUGGUGAACUGAGGACCAGAUACACACACAGAUUAUACCAUAUCAGCGCUACCACACCACAGUGCGCCCUGCUGUUAUGCUUCGAGAACGUAGACUCAUCCCCUGUGAGGGAGCUGCGGGAAUCCCUUCAGUUGACCGGGGAGGCGUGGUCGCGACACGCCCGCCCCCUGGUGGACGCCGGCCUUCUCACGGUGGAGGGGGACGUGGACGCGGACGAGGCCACGCUCACACUCAACCUGGCAUUCACCUGCAAGAGAACUAAAGUUAGACUCACCUGUGCCAACGCGCCCAAUCAACAAGGUACAGGUACGGGUGGUGGGGGUGCGGGUGGGGAGGAAGCUCCCCCCGCACAUUGUGACGACGAUCGUAAAAUGUACCUUCAGGCCGCACUAGUGCGCAUUAUGAAACAAAGGAAGGUAUUACGUCACACGGAGCUAAUACAAGAGGUGGUAUCACAAGCUCGAGGUUCUUUCGCUCCUUCGGUGGCCAUGAUCAAGAAAUGCAUAGAGGCAUUAAUAGACAAACAGUAUCUAGAAAGAGCUCCAGGCACAUUAGACACAUACUCUUAUGUAGCGUAA